AAAAAAUAAGCAAACACAUGGCCAAGUUACAGCUUUAAAUUAGUUACAGCGUUGCAUUAAACAUCUCACAAUUACAAUCUCUCCCAAUUUCCUGAAAAAGCUUCAACCAACAAUGGAUUUAGUUAAUGUUCAUUCCAAUGACCAACCAAUUCUCAUCAACAAAGACAUGUUCACCAACAAUCAACUAUCCGAACCAGUCAAAGAUCAAAACCUCCAUGGUUUAGCCGAAAUAUUGACUCUUCAGAGAUGUGGAGGUACAGAGGAAAUUACCAGACCGGGUCAAGACCAAGACUAUAAGAGUCAGGAGCAGACUUGCUCCGUGUUCUGUGAGAUCGAGGUGAUAGGAGAGAGGUCGGAAGAGACCACAGGAGACAGUUGGUUAAUAUCGUUAAGAGACAAGCUCGAUCAAGCACAUAGAGACGACGACACAACGAUCUGGGGAGAGCUCUGCAUGGAGACGUUGACCGAAGUUGACCAACCAAAACUCAUGAACGGGCAAGAAAAAUCAUUGGACAUACUUGACGAUAAGGGCAAAUUGCACUGUCUGGAUGUAUUUCGUCAGAGUCUGCUCCAGUCUAAUCCUACACCGAAUCAAAGAUCUAGACUAAUGAGGUUGACUAAGAAUACGUAUGUGGUGGACAAGCGAUUGCAACAACUGGUAAAUUGCGUGACAGAGCUAAGAGGAGCUGGUGUAAAGUUCAGGAGAAGGAAUACUGACCGGUUUUGGGAUAUUCAAUUCAAAAAUGGUUAUCUAGAAAUACCCAAACUACUAAUCCAUGAUGGUGGAAUGUUUUUAAGAGAAUCUUGAUAUACAAGUACCAGGUGAACCUUAAUAAUCCGUGGGCAUAUUUUUCAUUUUUUGCUGCAGUUGCUCUGCUACUUCUCACAUUAUGUGAGAGUUUCUUUUCUAUUUAUGCUUAUUAUAAGCCAAACCCUUAAUUUUGUUUUUUGUUUUGUUAUAUAGUUUUUACUAAUAUGGAAUGUUAAGUUUUUCUGUUUUUUUU